CGAAAGUGGCCGUUGUAAGUGGCAGUGGUUGGUUGGUUUGGAUAUGAGUGGAACAGUGGAGGAGGUGCGGGCAGCCGCGGAUCGCGUGUUGCGGGACCACCUGCUGGGAUCAAAGCUGUACGACACCUUGACCCUUGACCAGUUCAAGGCGCUUUUUCCCCAGAAAUACAGAUCAUCGCCGCUUGUGGACGACAUCUAUGACCUGCUGUUGCAGCGCCGAGAUGAAGUGCGACAAGUGGUUGAAGCGAACAUCCAGGGCUUCGUGGACAACAUCAACCUUUCAAGACAAGUACCGAACCUGACGCUCGCCGAUGCCAUUGCGCUCCUCAAAUCCAUCAACGAGAAACACCAGCUCGAGCUCGCACAUGAACGGGCACGAUUACAAGAAUUGGAGAAGAGGCUAUCCCAACAACUGGCGUGGAUGGAUGGCCCACAUGCAAAAGCCCUCGCCCAGCUCAGCAGAGCGGUGGACCUUGAUGCUGCCAAAGACGUACACCGUACGCUCGUGGGCCUUUUGGAAUCAAGCUGAUCUGCUUGGUGGUACUCCCCAGUUCGGUCACAUCACUGCUGCGACCUAACCUGCCUCCGCGCUCCACUAUUGAAUAUCCAUUGCUACACGAUUGCUUGAUUUGUUUGAUUGAUUUCUGUUUCGUUUUGAGCCUGUAUCCCACACUCAAUGUACACAAGGCCGGCCAUUCCACUCUGGGCUUGCUAGCGCCAUAUGCUUUGCUCCAUUUGAGCAUAUCCCCUGCUUCCCAUUUCUUAGUUUUCCUCCCUUGCCCCUCCCCUCUUCCCUCGUUCUGUCCAGCUGCGUCCGGUUAUCCCCCUGCCCAUGCGUUCUUCUUCUGAGCACCAUUGCAGCAUUGCGUGCAGGGCAAGCUCACAAUGAACAUAAGCGACACCCCAUCGCCGUAAUCCCC